AUGGCGGACUACAGUUCGGGCACGGAAGUGAGAGUUGAGCGGCUUGGGCCAUCAGAUAUUGUGGUAGAGCGUCUACUGGAGGGUGUACGACAACAUCCAUGUGUGUUUGACACGAAGAGGAUGGACUAUAGGGAUUCACAAAGAAAGAGAAACGCCUGGGAAAUAAUAAGACAACAAUGUGGCCCCGCCACAGGUCAGCUGCCAGAAAACAGAGUGAACAAGCGAAAAAAAUCAGACACUUUUGAACAAGACCUGCUGAAACACCUAGACAAAAGGAUGUCGGAGAAUGAGGCAUUCGCCCUAUCUGUAGGGCUGACCUUGGACAGGCUGUCGAAGCCAACCGCGGCAGAAUGCAAAGCAAAAAUGAUGUUGCUACUUUCGGAGUAUGACCUAUAGUGUUCUUGUUAAAUGAAUUAUUUUUGACUACCUGUU